CGUUCCCCUCCGCCAAUACUACUGAUUGAGUGAAGAAUGCCAGCUGCAAAAUCCUACCUCAUUUAAAGGAUAUUAGCAGCCUUCGAUACCAAUAGAUCACCACCAUGCCGUCCCCGUCUGGUCGAGGUGAUAUUGCGCCGCGGCCACGGCCACGCUCUCGACGAUCCAUCGCACAUAUGCCAACGGGAGCCACAUUUGGGGACGCAGACAAGGAAAAUGCGACUACAGAUCUUGGAUCAAUCAAAAACACAAAGAAUGCGCAACAUGCUGCUAAAGCUCUACGGAAAUCACGAAGCAAAAGCAUUGGACCCGGUGGUCUUGACGCUUUAACUGAUGAUGACAUUAAACUAGCGGAGUCAAAUGUGUCAUAUCCCAAGUCGAUACUUAAACCAACAAUACCCCUUUCCCCACUGAGGCAGAUCCCCUCACGGACACCAACUUACCCCGCCUUGGACGACGACGGAAAUAUAAUCAUGCGCUCGCAGCACCCUCUUCUGAACGGAAAGAGCUCUCUUUUCGACAUUCCAAAGCCUUCAAGCAAUUCUAUGAAUCCUGGAGUUGAUGAAGGAAAGCCGAAAGGAGAAGAGCAUACGGCUGCACAGCGGGAACGGGAAGAAAAAGAGGAAAGAGAACGUCAAAGGAGAGAAAUCCAAGAGAGGAGGGAUGCGAGGCGAAAAUCUCUAGCCAAUCGGCGUGUCUCUUUUGCGCCUGAGGCGACUCUUCACACAUGGGACGUCAUUGAAUAUGCACACGACUCUACCACGUCAUCAGCUUCUAGUAACUCGACGCGACGUGCAUCUUCAGCGUCAAGUACAUUUGACCAGCUCACUUCAACGUCCAUGAAUGCUACUCCGGACUCCCCAUCAACGCCUCCUAAACGGACCCGGAGCAGCGCCCGUAUGCAGUCACCCCGACAGCGCCAAAGCCCUCAGAAGAAGCGUCGGCGCAGGAGUUCGACAAUUCCUCCAAUGAACUUCAACAACCCAGAUGAAUUUGACGAUAUCUCCUCAAGUCCGUCAAGUGGUGGCUCUGAAGUCAACGAAGAGCUUCCUGCUAAUACCAGUCAAACCCAUUCUCCCGUCAGCGAGCAUUCAGUGUCUGAGGAAGGUUCGGAUGAUGAUCAAGGAACUGCAUCAAUGGUCUUGGACACUGUUUAUCUCAGCGGUGGUCCUCAUAAUCCGUCUCAGAAACCAGAAACGGGUUAUAUGACGCAGGAUGCCGAUGAUGGUGAGGUCGACGAUGAUGGUGAGGUGACUAUGGAAAUUGUGGGCGAUGAAAUUACGAGCGCCUUCCAGCCGUGGAUGCAUAAGCCUUCGGAACAUGUUCUAGACAAAGGAAGCUUCGAUGGAAAGGAUCUUCUCUAUCCUGAGUUGAAGCAAAGCACACCUCCCGAUGAAAAUGAGGGUGAAGAUCUAGAGCUUGGCUCUGAGGGAGACGCUGAUAUGACCAUGGACCUAACUCGUGGAGUUGGCCGAAUUGUUCCGCCUGUCUCUCCAGAAGAGAAACAUGACUAUCAAGGGGAUCAGCAAAAGUCCGAUAUGGCAAUGUCUCAUUCGAACAGCGCGUGGGAGUCUCUUGAUCGUGGCUCUUCUCCGGAAGAGAUGGCCAUGGAAUUGACUAUGCCUCUUGGCAAGAUAAACGGUCCUGCCAAUCAAGUCAAUAGCAUUCUCGAUGAUGAAGAGGGAGAUGAGAACGAGGAGAUGACCAUGGAAUUCACCUCUGCCAUUGGUGGUUUACUUGGUGCCAGCUCUCGCAAAGAAGGCACGCCUGAACCCACGACACCUCAGCAGAAGAUUGUGACACCUUUGUCUUUCUCAAAUGAAAAAGUUAUUGAAGAAAGUGCUCAAGCAGCUGAGGCCACAGUUGAGGAACAAAGCGGUUCCAAUGAGAUGGAAGUCGAUAUGGAAAUGGACAUGACGCAGGCGAUGGGUGGAAUUCUGCCAAAACCGACGGAAAGUGCGAAACCAGCACAGCCAUCAAAGAAACUGACAAAGGAGCCUUCGCCGGCCAAGUUCAUGGAGAAUCAGAUGGAUGAACCUGCUAAAGAUUUUGUGGCUCAGAAGGAGGCUCAAAAGGAGCCGACUCUCAAUAUUAGGGAAAUGAUUCAAAGCCUAACGCCAAAACGGAAGAUUCGAGGUCGCAAGAGUCUUCAUACCGGUGGUGCGAAGGGCUUGCUCGGGAAGCGGCCUCUUGAGUUGGACGAGGAAUCUGACGACGGAUCUCCGUCAAAACUUCGAGAAAAGAGGAAUGGUUUAUAUAUCCCUAGCGGCCUCGCAAAAAGCCCUUCCGUGGGCGGAGAAACGCCUAAGAGGAACGACCUAUCAGUUCCUGUGCUUCCUCCAAAAAGCCCGUCUGCUCUCCGCGAAACCCCAAAAAAGAGUUUGACAUCGAAGACUCAGGAAGCCGCACCAAAUGAAGUCGAAAAAGAGAACGUUUCCUUCUCUCCAGUGAGGGAACCCUCCCCGAUCAAACCAAAGGUGGCGACACCACGCAAAGCAGGCCCUCGCACGCGGAGCACGCAUGCUAGUAGAUCAGAACCUCUGAAGUCACCCGCCAAACCAACAGGUCGCAUAAGGCGGAAGGACAAUAUUCAACUCCAAGAAUUUUUGAAUCUCACCAGUAUUCGUUUCAUGGAGCUCACGACAACUAAGAGACGGGAUACUACCUUCGCACGUAAUAUCACGACAGGAAAGAACAAUGGUUCCAGUGCCAAUGGACCUGCGUCUCAGAGCUUUGACGACCAUGUCGCUGCCGGGACUUGUACCGUCCCGAUGUUACAGGUCUAUCAGAAGUCUUGCAACGAACUAAAGAACAAGCUCUCAGAUGGCCGCAAUACCAUUCAGUACAUCGAAGCAAGGAGCUCCGAGGAUAAUCCUCCACUAUUUGAGGAAUACACUUCUGCUCCACCUGACAUCAAAUCGAUCAUGGAUAAUCAGCUCAAGAACAUGAAAACAUAUGCCAGGCUGCAAAGCAAAAGAACAUGGUACGAAUGGCGGAUGAACCUUCUGAAACCGGCUAAGAGCGAUCUCGAAUCUACCCUGGAGGGUUUGGCAACAGACGAGAAAGCAAUUGCUUCCCAAGAGAAGCUUUUGCAACCAGUUUUGCCGACUCUUUUUGAGAAACGCACAGCACUAGAGAAGACAGAGCAGGAGCUGCGUACGCGAGCAGAGGAACUGGCCAAGUGUGACCUUCAAGAGCUGAGAAAUGUUAGAGACAGAUUGGUAGACGCGCAAUCAGACCUCGAAGAACAAACCCGUCUUCUUGAGGAACUUCAAUCACAAAUGAGAGAGGUUGAAGACACUCAGGCAGAUCUCCUUGACAGGAAAGCAAAAGUACUGGAGGAUACCGCUCAGGCCGAGAAGACCAGAGAGGAAUGCCGCGGAUAUGAGUCUAGCGAAAUCAUUUCUCUUGAAGCCGAAGUCCAAGCGCUGGAGCAACAACAUGGCUGGUCUAUCAAAUCAGCAUCUGCCACCGAUCUCGUGAUAGCCUACACUAACGGGCUUAACCUCACCUUAUCCUCACCCAACAACUCAAAAAUAGGUCUUGAUUUAUCAAAAGCCAGUAUGGGCUUCUCUUACUCCGCCGAUGCCCUCGAACCUAUUCUCCAAUCUGCUCAGUCCCAAGCAACUCUAAAUUUCUUCCUCAGGGCCGCCAAAUCCCAGUUCGCUCAUGCUCUUACCUCUCCAGAGGGGGAGAGGAACGGAUCAUCAACUAUCAAUCUCGCCAAACUUCUCUCAGACCUGCGCCAAUUCUGGGACACGGCAUGCGACGUGACGCGGAGAAUCCAUUCUCUCGCCCUCUCCUUUGUUACCGAUGUCCAACUUCUCUCCUCUUCUUCCUCCCAUUCCUCCUCUUCUUCUAACAAUUCCUCGAACUCAACUCCAGACGUAUUAGAAGUCAGAUCCAUGGUCCUCUUGCCAGCCUUGAGAUCAAAAGUCUUAGUUCGCUUCGUGAUUGCCGUCUCAGGGAUCAAAGUCUCAGUAGACCCGUCUGCCAGUAUCAUCUACGGUAACGGCGUCAAACCACAUCCCGAUAGGCUUACUGCGUAUUUGAACCGCAAAAUCGGCGGCAUCGUGGGCGAUUGGAAAGAAAAGAAUGCCGGGAAAAAGUCCCUCGGUGGCGUUUCUGCAUCUGCGUCUACAUUUCUCCAGCGCAAAGAUAAGGAUCUUUGGAGAAGGACUGUCCAGGAGUUUCAAAGCCUAUUGAUCAUGGGCAAGGCGAUUGCUUGAUUUCCGGUUUUUUGUUUUGUUUUUUGUUUUUCCCCUUCCUUUUGAGGAUUUAAUUAGUACAGCACCGUUCAAUUAUCCUUUUUUUUUCCCAUCCCUUGUUUCCCCUCACUUUCUCGUUUUAUUCCUCUCUCAGUUCUGCGCAACUUUCGGGCCAGGGUCUAGGAUAGCAAUAGGUUACGAAUUUUUUCUUCCUUCUUCUGUCGUUGGAAAUUUUUUUAAAGGGGAGCGUCAGGAAUUUAUUUUAGGGUUUUAUUUUAGGUUACUCGGCG